GAGGCGCGAUCGGAUCCGAAGUAUACAGCGCGGUGAGUUGAAUGCCUGGUGAACAACGUUCCAUCGCACGUCUAUGCCAUCCGCCAAUUUCCGGUGACUCCGUGACUGUGACUCGAAUUUCGUUGCCUUUUGUUUUGAGUGCGUUCAGUUUGGUGCCUUGGAUAAUUUUGGAUAUUCACGUAUUUUCGACAAAAAUCGAGAUUGACUGAACCAAGGUACUGCAUAGUCUCAAGAUCUGAUGGUACUCGACGUGCAAACCACUGCCACUCACUGAUCGUCAUCGAUGUGGGAGAAAAAGAUCUUUUUUUAGUAUUGAAAGUGAUGGUGUACCCAUUGAGGAUUCAUGGCUGCAUUAGUUAGCCAUGCGAUGCGACGAUAUCCUUUGUCACCACCAGAUGGCGUGUUUUCCUUUAAUUUAAGAAACGAUAGCACUCCCUGGUCUCCUGCUCAAGAGGAAGGAGAAAGUGCUCUAUCCCGUUCGAUGCGUUAUGCGGAUCCCUGGCUUUAUGGCAGCGUGCGAGGAGCUCCCCCUGGGGCCCUCGUCCUGACACCAGCUUUCGUUUUAUGUUCAUGCUCUGAUUAUCUCAACGGUACGAAGAGAAAUGGAUCGAAAAAGGGGCCCACGAUAUGCAAAAAAUGCAAAGGAACAAGGGUGGCAUUGGCGCAAGGAAAUGGCGAAACCAAGUUCGGCACUGUCCGGUGCUACUCUUCGACAACCACCAGCAGCCUGCAAUCAGUCAGCACAAGUACUCCGAUGAGAGCAGGAACUGUAAGGGUGACAUCUUCUUCAAGACCGUCAAUAUUACCGGCCACCCCUGAUCCAUACGAUCUGAUGCGAAGAUCCAGACUGAAUUCCUCAAGUGAAGUUACUUCUCCAUUGAGAGUUCGUAGUGUUUCGCCAAACAAGAGGAAUAACGUAUUGACAUCUUCAGGGAGGCGUUCGAUUCUAGAAUGCAAUAUCAACCCUUACGAACUGAUGUCAACGGAGUCGGAUCAGCCGGCCCAAGACAGUAGUAUCACUUUCGUUAACGGUCAGAGAAUCAGAGUGAGACCGCAAGCUCCUGAGCCGGACUACGAGGACGUAGAGGAGAAUCAAUCGCCAAAAAAAUUCCAACCGGACCACCAAACGAAAAAUCCGUCGACUUUCACCGCUGAGAAUGCCGCCAAGUCGUCCAGAUCCAAGCCCAAUCGAAUUGCCCCAGACCCACCGCCAGUGUCGCAGCUAGGGAAAGACCAGGAUCGGAAUAGCCCUUUCAAAUCGAUACUGAAGAAGUCGACGCGUUCUAGCGAUUCGAAAAUGCUCACCUACUCUGGACGAUCGAAAGCUGGUUCGCAUUUUUAUCUACCCAUGCCUAAUUCGUCAAGGAAAAAAGUGCAGUUUCUGGUUGAGCAUUCCGAAAAUGGAGACGAGACAACUGAAUGCGGUGUAGGUGAGGUAGUGCCAGAUUACGACCAAGAUCAAGCAGAUCAGGAAAUGCAGGAGAAGGAAAGUGUGGUAGAUGUUUCUGAAGAGGAGGAAUCUUCGAAUUCUGAAGAUAACGAUUCUAGGAUGUGCACCCUACGUCGAAGUACUAGCGAAAGAUUCAAGGUCGAGCCCCAAAAGGUUGUUUUUCUCGAUACGAUGGCAAUUCGAGUAAAGCAGCCGCGAGGAGAUUCACGUGAAACCUUUAACAAUUGCGAUCUCCAAAAGCUCGACGGUUUGAUACCCAAACGAAAACUAAGCCCUAGGCCCAAGGAACCACCCCCACUUCCACCACCUAAAGACCAAGGUCAUUGUGAUGUCAGCAGUGAAGACCAAUUAACAUCAAAUGAAAUAUGUGCAGAGUUUGAUCAGCCACUUCUAGUAUCUCCUAUGAGAAGAGAAUCGAUCAAAAAAAAGCAAAAAAUUAACACUGAGGCAAACAUUGAAAACAAAGAAGCGGAAGGCACUGAAAAUAUAAAAGAAAACAUUGAAAACGAACAAACUAAAGAACAAAACGCAAACUCCUCAUUAACUGAAAACACAGAUAACCCUUUUUCAAUGCAGAAUGAAACACAACUGAUAGCCAACAAUGAAUUUCCUGAUCAUGCACUUGUUUCUGUUGACUGCAAGGAAAACGCAAUCCAAAAAAGUUCAUCCAUGCCUGAAACAGAGUCAACGAAUGAGGAACCAACAUUCAAGGCAGACAUAAAGGAAAUACGAAAUAAAUUCGAAAAUCCAACCGAGCAGAUACCGCAAGCACCACCUCGUAAAAGGAGCAACAACAAGCAACCGGGCCUUAAUGUUCAGAUUGUGACUGAUUCUUGGAACAAUGAAAAACAUCGAAAAAUACUCACCGAGGAUGAUGAGGCAGAGACAAAGGUUACACAAGAUUCGCCCUGUACAGAAAAUUCGAAAGAUAUUUCUAUACCAAUAACUACAGAAAAUUUGGCUCAAGGCAAAAACAGCUAUCUUAAAAAUAACACAUCUGAAAAUAUCGAUUGUGACGAAAAUUCUCCAUCAACACAGAUUCGCGAUAAUUCUGGAUCAGUAUCUCCUUCAAUGGACUAUAGCAACAAGACUGUGGUGAAAAUAACACCUUCAUCCUCACCAGUACAUCGAAUUCAGAUCAAAAAUGAAUUCCCAGAAACUGCCAAUAUUCAAACUAUAACCAUAUCAGAACACACCCAAAGAAAAACGUCAAUAAUGAUCAAUGGUGAUGAUUGUUACUCCACAGUCAACGUCAAUGAUGACGUUCCCAUUUAUCAGUCAUCAGUGGUAGUCAAAGGUCACGGCAUAUCUGAAAACAAUCUCAAGAAUAGUAGAAGAAGCAGCUCAGUUUAUAUCACCGGACGAUUCGAAGAAGAAGAUGCUUCGAAACAGAAAUCCUUCGCUGAAGAAAAUAACUACAAAAAUGAACCCCACUAUUGCACAUGCAAGAACAAUUCCGGGGAAAUAACCAAAGAGAAAGAAGAGAAGCAAAUUCCAACAGAGAAUAAAACGAUCAAAGCUGUUGAGAAAACUGAGAAAAAUGUCGAUAUCUGUAUCAGACCUUCAACACCAGAUAUGUUGAGAGAGAUCUUGAGGGAUCCCGUAGAAGCAGUUAAGCGCAACCUAGUCCCUCACAUCUGUGGGAAAUCAGAUUUGCAAAGGAGACCACGCGACUUAAAACUGAAGAACUACUACCCGAUGAUCCCACUCAAAGAAACCGAUGUGUCGUGCAUCAAGGAUAAUGGCGCCAAAGAGGGAUCACCUUUGCGACCUUGGAAUUUCGACUCUUUGAUGGAAGACGACAAAGAUGCUUGUUCUGAGCAUAGUUCUUCGACCCAAUACGAAUUCGUUGAUCCUGGAUCAGACUGUUACACAGACCACAGCAACAGAAGUUCCGUUACCGAGGAAGAACUGUCGAACAGAACCAAGUUUUAUGAGUUAUUAGCUGAAUCUUCAUUGAUGGAAGUAUCAGAAAAUGAGGAUCAUCACUAUGAAUGUAUCAACAGGCAUGACAACGAUCCUAUUUAUGAAGAAAUCGAAAUUCCACCCCCUUUACCAUCGAACCCCCCUCCCAUAAGUUUGUUGGAUGAUUUAAAGUUGGAUAAAGAGUUUACCACCAGGUCUAUCUUCGAAGGGGCUUCCAAAUACGACAUCCUCAGUUACUUAGUUGAUGCCAAAGAGAGAGGAAUUGUCCCUGAGGAUUCGUACACAUUCUCCAGUAUAAAUGGUGAUUACCCGAAAGAAUCCAGCCCCAAAAUCAGUCAUAUCAACAGUUCUAGCGAUCUCAGUGAGGACAAUUCUUUGGUGAUCUCGGGAUCUUUGACCGACGAUAAAAUUCAAUUUUCCAAGAAUUCAGAAAUCGAAAGGAAUGAUUCAGGUGUAGGUUCGGAAACUAGCAAGAGUUCCUUGAGUAAAUAUAGGUCGAAACCAGUGGCUUCUUCCCUUUGCGAAGACUGUGAAACACGUCUUGAAUCCUUGAACGACGACGACCAAAUGCUAUGCAGGAAAUGUUUGAAGAAGAGAAGUGAAAGGAAAGAAAUCAUUAUGGAGAUAGUGGAGACUGAGGAGAAAUACAGCAAGGAUUUGCAAAUCAUAUUAGAGGAGUUCUACCAACCAAUGCUCGUGGCAGGUUUACUUACACCUGAACAAUUAUCCACUAUAUUCUUGAAUGUGGAGGAACUAUUGGAAAACAGCCAAUCGUUAGCCGAAAGAUUACGAGACGCUGUGGAGAUAGCUCUAGAGCAAGGAGAUGAGGAUCUGUUGACUGUAAAUAUUGGAAAAUUGUUCCUAGAAGCCGCUCCUAUGCUACACGCCUUCGAAACUUACUGCGUUAGGCAAGGUCCAGCUAGCCUUCUCCUAGCAAGCCUGGAGAAAGAAAAAGAACUGCUAAGAAUAUUUUUACGCGUUUCCCAAAUGGAGAACACUCUGCUCCGAAGAAUGAACCUGAAUUCGUUCCUAAUGGUUCCUGUGCAAAGAGUAACCAAAUAUCCCCUUCUUCUUGCCAGACUAUAUAAGGUCACUCCUAAUCAUAACGAGGUCAGGGAACAACUCAAAGAAGCACAGCAUAAAAUCGAACUCCAUUUGAACCAUAUGAAUUCUCAAACUAAGGACGUACCGAGUAAAUUGUGGAGAAGGAUCGGCAGCAGCUCUGGUAGAAGACCAAGUACAGAAAUGGAUCUGGUCAACAUAAAGCUGAGGAAGAUCGCUGUGGAUGUUUUAGAAUGGAAUCACGAGGAGGCCAAGUUCGCAUUGGAGGGAAAAUUGUGGUUUACACAACCAACAGAUAAUAAUUGGAGGAAGGGCAGAACAAUAAAGUUGUCUCCUGUGAAUGCCUUGCUGGUUACCAACGGAAAGUUAACGAACACCAAUAAGCCAGAACGUGAAGAUAACGCCCUAAUAUUUCCUAAACAUUCCCCCACCAGAGAGGCAGCACUUCUUCUUGUUAGGGACAAAAAUGGUCGCUAUUCUCUACUGAGAGAUCCGUUAUACCUAGACCGUUGUGUCAUAGCUUCUGAUCCUGCCUGGCAAAGUUACUUUGAGGUUCAGGAAUUGCUUGGAAAAGAUACUUUCAUUUUCAAGGCUGAAGAUGAAGAGCAAACGAGGUUAUGGUACCAACAGUUGCAAUUCCACGCUCAGGGUAUGGGUUCUUGGAGGAAACGAAGAAAUGCUCUUGCCAACAUAAUGAUGAACGGCAUGGGUCUCAGACUGUGAAGCAAUAGGAACAAAUCCGUUUUAUUUAUUCUACUUGUUCGAAUAGUGACUAAUGCAAAGCUUUAAUUCGACCUGUGAGAGAAUGAAUUCCUUCUGAUCCCAUCCAAUUUAUUAUUUCAGACUUUGAGAAUAAUAGUAAUUUAGCUGUGAUAUUUUUUCGGAAAUGGGUUUAUGGGCGUAUAAAUAUAUAAUUUUAAUUUUGUCUAAUUAGCUUUUUAUCACUAUUUAAUGUAUUUUAUUGCAGUGAAUAUAUAUAUGAUUGUAUAGUAUUUCAAAUAAAAUUUUGCAAACUU